AUGAGUUACAAAGAAAAGAACGCCGGAAUGAAUUUCAACCAAGUGGGGGAAAAAAUGUGGGAGGCUUUAAGCAAAAGAUAUCUGAAUAUCGAACAUGUAGGAAUGAUUUAUAUAACUUAUGUUGUUUUUUUGGCGUCCUGCUAUAUCUUCAGGAAAUGUUUCUCCAAUAAGUUUAUUCAUUUUGUAAAUGUUUUCAAGGGACUGUUGGUUACACUCAUAUCUUUAUUAAGUUUGAAGUACGUUGACCUGAACAUCACUUUGGGGAUUAACUUGCUUCAUGUGUACAACAUUACGCAGCUGUGUACUUUCCUAGAGUCCCUUUGGACCAAUAAGAAAAAAACAAAUGAAAAAUCAGUGACUGAGGAAAACAGAGUUGUCCACAAAUACGAAAUUAGCAAAGAAAAUGAAAACGAGUACAGAAAUGAAUACGAAUUAAUCGGAGAUACUUCGAAACACUUGGAACAGUUAGCAAAGAAAAUUUUAAAAAAUGAAAAAAGUAUAAAAGAAAAUGAAGGGAUCUUAAAGGAAAAAGAAAUUAUAGAAGAAAUCGAGAAAAAAGAAAGAGAAGAAGAAGAAUAUAUGAAAAAAAAAAAAUACCCUUGA